AUGAGCGCACCACAGAAUGCCGAGGAAACUUCCACAACUGGCGAGUUUGGAAAGCUUACAGGCGCAGAAAUUGCCCAUAGGAACGCCGCAUCGAACACUAGCCAACUCACCCAAUCUCUUCAAGACAGACGAGGAGAGGUACCCAAUGUGAAUGCCGAAUCUCACAAGACGGAUGCGCCUGUUCUAGCAUCGCCCAGCAAAAGCACAGUGGAAGCUGGAGAUCUUUUCCGCCGAAACAGUGGGUAUGGUGAGAAGGAAGAGAAAGGACUAGGUGAUGCGUCGAUGAAAAUGAGCAGCAUUUUGGACCGGUCUCGAGAUUGGUUCACGUGUCCCAGCUGCAGCACAAUCAAUUAUUGGCAUUCCUUCAGCUCCGGUGAGCAACUCAAGUGUAACAACUGUAAAUUGGAACUGGAGGAAAAUGCUGAUGGCAGCGUCAAACCUAGCGGGGAGGCGGCCACAGGUCAGUCAGCGAACGUUACGGGGAAUGAGGGGCGUGGAUCGGAUGAUGACAGUCAGUGGGCAGAUACUGAGUCCGAGGCUGCAGAUUCAUGA